AUGUUUGGGAAAUCAAGGCCUUCUCUCGCACCCUUUGAGGCUCAAGCAAGCGAAAAGUAUGUUAUAUUCCUUCACACCAAUUUACAUGCAGUUAAUAAUCAUUUCUUGUCCAAUUUUCUGCACUUUUUUGUGAUUAUAACCCCUCUUUUCGUCAACUCAGUUAGUGCACAAGUGUCCUUAAAUGAUUUUGUUCUAGGCGUUGCAUGUUGGGUUUCCUGAUCAGACUUAAGUUAGACAUCUAUGUCUGAACUCAUUGCUAGCAAUGGACGCUUCAGUCGCCCCUCUUGACAGUUAAGUAUUUGUUAAAAUUGUCAAUUAUUAGAACAAGAAGAACUUCUUGACUGAAACUGCAUUCCACCUACGGGAAGAACGAGAAGCGCUUAUGCUCCUCGUCCUGAAGUGUGGCCUGUCAUUCCCCAGGUUGUCUGUUCGUGGGCGACUAACUUUUCGCACCACAACCUUUUGCAUCAUCUGCUCAUUUAGUUGCAUUUGUAGGGGCAUUCGCAACGUUUGGCCGUGGACACUCAGGCCGUCCUAUGACUAAGGGGGAAUUAUGUUAAGCAAUCGCAACGCAAGUAUGAUAAAAUGUCGUAAUUUCAUCUACUUAAUACCCAACGUCUUCGAUUGCCCAAUCGAGGAAGCUGUACCCGUCCUAAUUCUUGUUCAGAAACCUUUUCGGACAUUCAUUUAGUCUCGCAUAACGGAUGUUGCGCACCCUCUCUGCAACUUGUGCAGACAAAUUGACUUUUCAACUGAUACUUAUUUUAAGUCUGGUCGUCUUGUGGUAUGCCAACGUCGUUUAUCAUAUCCGCUUUAGCUCCUUGGGAUAAUCAAUAUAGCCUAUUUAUUGAACUUUUGGACGCUUUUGUGUGGAUCGGACCCGGUCGAUCGUCAAUUUUAGAUAAAAUUGGUUUUCCAUGGAACACGUGUGCUCCCAUUCACUGUCGAGUUUAUACGCAUUUGGCAACGGUUUUUAAUCAUGUAUCAUAUUUUUGUUUCCUUGUUCAGACAGCACACGCCUCAGCUGCAUCCAUUUCAUCACUAGAUUGAAAUGUAUAACUUACGGAAGUUCUCGCUGAGACGAAGUUAAAUAUAUUGUGCUGUACUUCGUAUUUUGAAGUGCUAAGGCGUACAGCCUUUUAAUAACUUGGUGGACAUUUUUUUCCUAACCGUACUUCUAUUCAACAUAGUUUUGACUGUGUACCUCCUGUUUUUGCUUUGCGCUCUUGCCAUUCUCUAUCACGCGGUUGUGAAUUAACUGAAAAUGGUCACUCAUUUCGUACUUCCAACUAAUUAUUAUAUCUUAUGCAGGACUCAAUUUUAUUCUUUUAUUUUUUUUAGUUCUCGUUGGGUUUUGUUUGGCUACCUCUUAAACCAACUAAAUUUACCUAGCACUUGAAGAGCUCUAUUAGCGAUAGCAGCCUGAAACUCGAAUCUAAUCAGGACUACAUUCGAACGCUCUAUUUCUUAGUUUGUACCGUUCUCUGCGUGUAUAAUUUCCAAAACCUAACUAGUUUUCCCAGCACUCAUACUUGGCUCGUUUUGAAAGCUACCCCGACCACUAUCAACCUUUUUAAAUACGGAACUAUGUUUGGUUGCAGUGCAUAACGUUCGUUGCGUUGUUUCCGUUCUUUGUAUGAGUUAACCUUGUAAACAGUCGCCAUCGCGAUGCUUUUGCGUUUGAGCCUAGAUCUUUGUAUUGUGGGGUGACUUCGCAGUACUAUCUUGCCGUUCGUUUUGCAGUUGUUUGCCAUAUGUUCUCAUCUUAGUCAAAUUCGUUUAAUUACCGUUACGCGCAAAUAAGUACGACCCGCAGCGUGUAUAGUGCAUAUUGGGCUUCUACUUGCUGUGAAUUACCGUCCAGAAUAAGUCUCACUUCUCGCCAUGAGUAUUUCCCAUUGCGCGUAAAAAAAUUCGACCGUGAACGACGCAUUGACCCCUUAAUUGCCGACACCUACCUACAUGUACCGCCAUACAUGAGAGUAGUACUUCGAUCCAGAAGAAUGGUCCUUUCUUCCGUAGACUUCCCGCUGCCAUGUAACGCGCGAAUCAAAAUCCCACUUACAUAUCUCGGUCUUUUGUAUCUGAAUAAUUUUCACAGAGGCGCGCGCAUGUGUAGAAGGCGGGAUUGCUGCAACAUAAUCAGAGUUAUAAACAAAAGCCCUAUGGUAUUUUCACUUUCGGCCAUAGGCAUGGGUCGGCAAAUAAUCUGGUUGGUGCACCUGCCCCAAAACUGGCAGAAGGAUGUCUCUCGACAAAUCUUUAUGGUCGCUCUCGUGAUUUGUAAGUUUGGUUCCUCCUCCGAAACGUAAUCUUCAGACGGCCCUUUGCUUUUAUGCCGCACUUGUUCUCCAGUUACCGCACUGACUCAAUCCUCGUCACCUUUGGUAAGCAAUCGUAAUAUAACAUUCGUCCUGUUUUUAGAGCAGCCUAUCCGUCUGGUGACUUGCUGCAAAACGUAUGCGUUAUAGCAAACCUAAUUAAGUAGUCGCAUAUUCCGAUCAUAACAUUAGGAGUUUUUCCUCUUUCGCUGCAAAGUAGGCUCAAUUCAAAGCCGGAAGAGCUGUUGGAACAUGCUUUUCACGGGCUAUCGAUUAAGACGACAUUGCAUAUCUGUGUUCGUCUAUAAGUCGUUGACAAUCGUGGAGAUCGCUGGAGUCUCUUCACACUUAUGUGCGGCUCUGACCUAUAUGGCAGCGGUUGAGGCCUUAUCGGAUGAGGGAUAGCAAUAAAGAUGAGAUUUUUUCAUGGUUGACGCGCUUAUAAGCUUGGUGUCCAGCCAUGCCUUGUGCCUUAUCGCCGCAUUAUGCGCUACUGCCCAUACGUCGGGCCUUAGACCCUGUUUAUUUUACAGUCUUCUUUCGCUGGGGAGUAUCCACCGCCCGUGAAAAAGUAAGGUUGUCCACAGUUUGAUUUAUAGGUGGGUCCCGCCCCCACGGGGUCCCUGUUUUUCCAGGAUUUUGAUUUGGGCAUUAGGACUGAUACUUUUUCUCGAAGUGUUUGGUAGGUGUUUUGCACGAAGUCAACGACGUAUUUCGGCAAGAGAAGGCGAAUACUGCCCGCUUAGACUUAUUGUUAUCGUCGACCAGUUCGAAAGGACCGGAGUCAGUUGUUUACUGACUUAACCAAAGACAACAAUAAAUACUGAGUUCAGUUCGAUGUUAGACUAGAGAUUAGAGCAUGCUUUACAGACGACGCCAGAUAGGUAAAAGCUUCCAUCUCUGUCUCCCGCUUUCUUUCCAACCAUUCAAGGCCUUUGGACUGUUGAUUACUGAUAGCUACACUACAAAGUUAUGUUCGUACGUGAUAAUUCUAACCAAUUUUGCAGAGUCAACCGAGGGUCCCUAUUUGGUCUGAGAAUUUUAUAUCGUCUGUUCUAUCUACACGACGAUGCGUUUCCAGAUUGUCAGGUCUCUUGAACUCCGCAACCAUUCGAAAAAUGGAUAUGGCCAAAUGACUUUUAUAAAGAGGGGAUCUAGGAGUUAAUUUUGAGAUAAACAACUGUGGUAUCUAAUGACAGAAGUGAUACAACUACCGUACUAAAAUGUUUCCGGGAAAGCUUUUUUAAACUAACGUCUACGUGCCUAUGCGCCCAGUAAGAUGCACUUUUUGUAUCCACUGAGAUCUGCGAGCCUGGGUUUACAACAGUGACACAGCAAACUGUUGGUAACAUUUUCAAGAUGAAUAAGGAAUUUGCUCUAAUCAGUGUUACUUGUCCUUGGUAAGCCUAACCGGUCGUCCAAAGUUCAUUUUCAGAUGUGGGUUGAUAGACAGCCGUUAUGUGCGAUUCCUGCACCUGGUGGAUUCGUGGGUGAAUGUGUUCAUCCCUUCCCUCCGGUGCUUUCAUUUAAAGUUCGGGAAUCAUUGCAGACGGCAAAUGGAGCCUUAUUGGAUGGUGGCAGCACCCACCACGACUGAAGGGGAAAAAAUGAGUUCCAGGUGUGUGCAUAAGUGAAUGAGAAGGGUAUUCGAGCACCCGAACAUUUUGUUUAUUGUUCUGAGCUUUUAACCUCGUGCAGGAGUCCAUCGUCAGAGAUAGUAGCAGCAACAGAACAAACGACAGUUAUAGGGCGUUCUAGAGCCCUACGCAGUCACCUCUAGUCUUGCGCCAUCGGUCGAUGAUUGGCUUACACGCCGUAUAACUGUCGCUUGUUCUGUUGCUGCUACCACGAGUUCGAAAGCUCAGAACAAAAUAUACUAACACCAGUUUUUGUGAUCCUUUUAUAAGUAAUCGGCUUGUCGAAUCUGCGCCCGGCCACGACUGAAGAUUUUGUCGCCGAAUUAUCUACGACUGCGUAUACGUCAUAUACGGGAAUCUGCUUACUUCACAGUUGGUUUUUACUGGAGGUCGUUUUGUUACUCGCCCUGAGUUAAGCUAACUGAAGACCCUUCUUCCCUGGCUGUUUUUCGUCCCGAUAAUUUGGCCUGUUUUCAGGACGCUGCGGCGGUUAUGUAACCACGAGCAACCCGUAAUCGAUACAUUGGUUUGUUGUUGUAGAUGGCAUUCGAUGGGGGCUAAGUGCACUUCAGAUUAGGUGCUAGCACUACACCAGACAGCAACCUAACUACCGCGGCCUUCGUCGAUAACACUGCACUUGUGGACAUUGACCAUGCAAUGCUUAAUCAUGUAUGCGAUAACCACCGAUGGAUUAUCUUCGCAUGCACCUCGUCUGGGCGGACUUAUACCGAUCGAUUCUAUGACAGAGGGUGAUGAGUGAUUGUUUAAGAAUUUUAAAAAUUCUUCUCAUGAAAGAAAUUCGGCUAAGAUCUGGAUCGCGACGGCCACAACAUUCAGCGUGGUGGCCGAUUUUUAUCACUUCCCACCUGCCAUUAGCAGUGGUUCUGUGUUAAUUCCUCACCUCGGCUACGCCUUCAUCUGCAGGAAGCAAGCCCUUCCCACACCGCUAUCACUUCCUUAACAUCUCACCUCGCUAAUUAUCAUAGUGAUAAUUAUAAUAGUAGGAAGAAGCACGUUAUUUCGAGGUAAGUGUUUGGAUUUUUUUGGCACAAAAGUCGCGAAAAGCAGGUAGUAGAUUAAAAACAUGCCAUUGUUACGGGGGCAAGUCAGAUCUUGUGCUAUUUUCGAAUUCCUUCCCCUAUUGGAAUUCCUGCUGGAAAAGGAAUAUUCUAACUCUCUUAUUGUUUGUUUCUUUGUUACCUGUCUUCAGGCCGUCAUAGUAAUUUAAUCUUGACCUUGUACUUUCGCUGCGCGCCCGUCGAAGGGACAGUUCUGGCUGGAAGACCUCAAAACUGUCACCUGGGAGCAACAACUUGUUCUUAUUUUAUGCAGCUUUCAUCUGCCAUUGAUUAAGUGUUAUGAGGAUAAUAGUGAUGAUGUAUGCGCAAAUAAGCAAAAGGUCCUUCGAUGUGGCAGUUCGACUGUCGUUUCCGACGAGGUUCACUGUGUGCUCGACAACAGGGACGGUGACUUGCCUGUGAGUUAGUUUAACUUGACAGUAAUCUUGCCAAGCAUCUACCUCACUCUCUCCUCCGGUUGAACUCAGUGUCAAGACAGAGUCAAGAAGACCGGAGGCGGAAGGUGGCGCAGAUGGCUGGCACGACGAUGACCGGCAAGUUGGCAUACCACCACACCUGUUUCCGUACGUACACGGACCAGGAUUUUACACAAGAGGAGAGGGGGGGGGGGGUAGGGACGGCUAGGACCCUGCGAAGUGGAAGUGCUAUAGAGGCCACAUUAAGAAGGCGCCAUUGCACCCUGACUCUCAGUUUAUUAAUCCGCCACUCCACAUAAACACACAUUGAACCGACUGGGAGGUCCGAGUUAUCCCAUCAGUUGGCAGCCUUCUAAGCCACGGUUUUUAGCGCAUCGUGAUAGAUUUGGACGCUUCAGAUUUCUUAUAGUGAGGAGUAUGCACGGGGACCACCGACCUCACUCUUACCACCUCUAGACACCAAUCGACUGUCCGAGCCUCUCAACCAACUUAUGCUAAGAUCGAGAGAAGUAUAAGUGAAGAAGAAGAGUCGAGCACCGGAACACUUCGUUUAUUGUCCUGAGCUUUAAGACUCGUACAGGAGUUCAUCGUCAGAGGUAGUGGCAGAAACAGGAGAAGCGCAGUUAUAGGGCACAUAGGCCUGUACGAGUCUGAAAGCUCAGGACAACAAACGAAGUGUUCCGGUGCUUGACUCUUCUUCUUCACCUAUGCAUACACCUAGAACUCGAAAAUUCGCCUUCAAUCGAGAGGAGUGUCUAAGAGAGCUGAGAACAGCUCGUCUGCGCACGCCUCUUGCACGACUUGGCCCCCACACGCACUCGCCGGGAUUCCACACAGGAGUAGACUGUUCAGAUCACACACAAAGUGGUAGACCGCUCGGGUUUCAUGCGCAGCAGCGGGGCCAGAUGGAGUAAGAGCCAAAAAGCACACUUUCCACUUGCAUGAAUUGCCGCUGGUGUGGGAUGUCUGGCCAUUGUGUUGAUAAGAAACGUAUGGUGAUGUGGUUUUGUCUGUGGUGACCUACCGCGGGUUUUCUUGGAUGCGCAUGUAACCGGAGAGACCCACGCGGUGGCGGAGUGUGCGGAGGCAGUGCUGGCAGUUGAGGCGAUGGCAUCUGGCGUGCCAGCCACUGAUUCGCUAGUCUCUGCGCUAUGGACUCCCAACUGGCCCACCAGGUCGAUGUGUGAGAUGAGCUUGUGGUGACAGUGUGCGUCCUCCCUCGUCUCCGGUCUUCUUGAUUUUGCCUUGACACCGGGCUCAGGUGGGGGAGGAGGAGAGAGUGCGGUAGAUGCGGCGCAAGUCCACACUCACUAUAAGCCAAGUCACGUGCAAGUCCCCGUGCCUGCUUCACCUGUCUGUGAAACACACGAUGGACAUCGUGGGCAACAACUGUCAGUUGGUGGAUGUUGGUCCGGCUGUUGUUGUGGUGCUCCUAGUGGUGGGCCCGCUAGUCGAUGGGGAGUUGAUGGGGUUGGAAAUGGGAGGGUGGAUGGAUGUGCAAGGCGCAUUAACUGUAUCAAUGCUGCGGUGAACUCCGCUGUUGUGGAUGCGCAUGUAAUCGACUAGGCCCAUGCGGUGCGCGACUGUGCAUAGGCAGUGUGGACGGUGAAGGCGGAUGCGGCGAGUGUAUGUGGGAGUUCCUGGCACUGGUGCGCCGGUCGCAGCGCGAUGAAUUCGAAAGUGACCGACCAGGCCGAUGCCUGAGAUGACUGUGUGAUCACAAUGGAGACAGGUUAUGAUCGAGUCCACAUCGCUGGAGGUGGGACGGAUAUGAUGAUGGUGAGGUUUGACGGGCCGUCGAGAGCGUUUUGAUCCGCGGCGGCGGAGCACGGGGAUGCUGAUCGUCGGUGGUGAGAACGGCCGUUGUAGUGAACGCCCUGGGGGUCGGAGAGACAGCAGUUUGGAUUGUCGGGCUGAUGCAUUAAGUCCCGAGACGUCCGACGAGGCCGAUUUACACACAGGAUGUUUGUUGACAGCGCAGGCAUCCUGGAAAGGUUUGGGUCAGAGGCGCCCGAUACCUGCGAGCUUCCCGUUUGGCUUUGAAGAGGCAAUCCGGUUGACUUCAUCGGUUGCGGCUCUAGUCUUCACUGCUUCUCUUCAGGCGGGCCGGCCGGUCCAGGUUCGGGUUGAUAUGCAGCCGUUUCAAGGAAUUCGUCGAGGUGUCCUUGUAGCGGCGGGUUAAACGUCGUCGGCGAGCACCCAUGGCCACAGGUCUGUAAAAUAGUUGUUUUGGUAGGCGCUGGUCGUCAACCCUCACGUGGUGGCCGCUCCAUCGGCUUGAAUCCUUCGAUGUGCGUACAUACUGUAUGGCCUAUUUUGAACCCAUAUUUGCAUGAAGUGUCCAAGACGGGUAAUCCCCGGCUGCACUAUCAGUCGGAGUAGAGGACCGGCUGCGGGGGGGGGGCGUUUCUUCCACUCUGUGACGCACGGUUUGAUUAGAAGAAGGAGGCUGUCUGUGCUGUGGCACGUCCUCGCGGCGGCUGGCUGCUGGUUCGGUCACUUUGUCUGAAUCUUAAGUUUUCACAGCCUUAUAUUGUCUUCUUGACACAAUGGGGCAAAGGGGACGGAGGGAGAGAGAAGUAAAUCCAGCCAUUAAAUCCAUAGUUCUAUCCGUGACGUAGACGCCGGUUAGUCUUGUCGUCAACACCAUCCAGUUCUCAUCCCCAGCACAUCCCUUAGGUGUCGACUGUCACGACAUUUAUGGGCAAGAACAGAGGUACAUGAGCUGUCCCUGUUUUGGUAUAUUUGCCCUAAUCAGCCAUUGAUAUCAUGCUGAAAAUGUGCAAUAUCUGUGUGCUGUCACUGCCAGUUGACCGUUUGUGAAUACUACGCGGUUAUCUCACCGAAACAGGUGGAUUCCGCCUCAGCUUUUUAUGUCAACUUCCGGACUGAGCCAAUAAAGCUUAAGCCCGACCGAUUUGCUCCGCGUUGAUUUCUGAGGAUACAAAUAAGCCGCAAUUUCAAGACUGCAGUAUCUACCAGAAAGCGCACGGGAGACGCUGGGGUACGCGCGGAGCGGCUGAAGCCCUCGCAGCUGUGUCAUGCAGCGGUAUAGUAUCGGCGAAACAUGCGUGUCUGGGCUUUUGGCUAGUACCUCUGCUGUCAGUACGGUAGGCCAUGCAACGUGUGAAGACCAAUUAUCGUUGCAAACUCAAAGGUCUCUCUAAUUCUAUCCAUUUUGUUUUUUUAGACUCGCCCUUUACGUCUACGAGUACCUCGUAUAUUCGGGUGCACAGAAGGCAGCACAAACUUUUCUGCAGGAAGUACGUCCACCACCAUUAGAGUGCUUCUUUUGUUACCUUGUCCUCAUUAGCUGUUCGUAGCUUCCCCUGUCGUUUAUUCAGAAAGGUCACCUAAAUUGGAGAUGCAGAAGUAAAUAAGGGUAAAUUUGAGAGAGUCGGCAUCUCCGAUUUGGUUGGUCAUGCUGUAACGUCAUGGGAAAGUGUAAAAGGCCUUGUUAAUUUUACGGUAAAGGCUUGCGUAGGGCGCUCUGCAUCGACUUUGAAGCUGCUUUGUAAUGGAAUACUUUAAACAUUUGUUUUUGGUAAGACACAGUCUGAUUUUAAAACUUCAAAACCAUACUUCAUUUGCGUCUUUGGUCUCUUCAUUUCAAUCCCCCUUUCCCGCCGGUUUCUUUCCAUUUCGUUCUCCCCUGAUUUUUUUUAUAUUUUUUCUUUCUUGAAUCUCAGUAUCGUCACUCAGACUAACUACACGGAGGACUAAAACGUCUCUUUUUCAGUCCUUUUAUUCUGUUCCACGACUUGCUGCCUCUCCACAACUGAUGUACCGAUUUUCUUGUUGACUGCAGAAUUUUGUCAGAGUGGCAUUCCUAAUCAUUGCUGGUCUUACUAGAUAAUGUCCAACGUCAGCAGUAGUCGCACUGUGCCUUCCUAGAGGCGAGUUUCCUACAUUGUCGUGGCCACGCUCUUUAACACAACAGAGCCCACGUUUCGGCAAAAUCCCUGGCUUCCAAACCCUGCCUUGACCACCGCAACUGCUAUAUUCCGUACAGGGAAACUUGGACUCUCUCAUUGUGUUCUAUGGCAUGUUUGUCUAUAAGCUAUUUUCGUAAACAGGUGUCUAACCUAAUUGAUUCUUUAUAUCCGAAAUUCUUGUAGAUACAAUGGGAGAAAAAUAUUUUGCUCACUGACCGGCCCGGUUUCCUGUUCUCUUGGUGGAGGUGGGUUCAUAUUUCGCCUGAUUUAUUGGUCUUGCCAGUGCCAUUAAAAUAGACCCGCCUUAAGUUAGCCGAACACACAGUGAGUGACCUAUUUCAUGAAGUGUUCGCCGAACUCCUGAAAUGUGUUUCCGACUAGAAUGGAUUACUUAGGUGGGGUUGUAAUAUUAAUUAUCACGCGACUUAGUCGCAUAAUAUUUAGGACUCGCCAGAAUGUUGACUUUUAAAUGCACCUCUUUUCGACCUCCUGUUAAUACGACACUCGGAAAAAAUGACUGUUUCACACAUUGGUUUUCGACGCUCUUAUGAAUUCAAAUGUAUUUUAUAGAAAAAAUGCAUGAUAAUAUCCUUUCUUCUACUCAUUCGGCAGCAGGUCAUAUCUUCUUCGCACUUUUUAAGAAAGGAUAUAUUUGUGUUUUGAAGAGUUUCCUGAUUUCCGAAUAAUUUUAGCUAGAUCAGCCGUUGCACUAUCGUUUAGCGUUUUCAGUCUGCAAGCUGUAUACUUUCUGCGUGGAGAAAAUCAUAUAUUCAUCCAUGCCUUUGAGAAGAUACCACGUAGAGUUCAUAAUAUUCUGAGUUUAUAAAAUUUUGCAGUGGUUGCGGACUAUGUUGUAUACUUCAUAAGCAGCAUGAAUAAACGGACAGGUACGAUGCCUCAUGAAUGGGCUUUGCAACCUCAAAAACCACAUAAUUAGAAACGUUUUAAAGAACGAAUGAUAAUUUCUCCGAGUAUGAAUUAUGGAGAAAACGUGGUUUGCCACCAAAUGAGUAAAAAAAGCGUGUUUUCUAUAAACUAUAUCUAAAUUUAUAAGAUCAUCGAAAACCAACGUAAAAAUAGUCGUUUUCUACCGGGUGUGGUUUAUACAGGAGGUCGAGAAGAAGUGCAUUCAAAAGCCAACAUCCUGGUGAGUCCGAAAUAUUACGGGAUAAUUAAUAUUACAACGCCACCUAAGUAUACCUUCCUAAUCGAAAACGCAUUUCAGAGUUCAGGCUAACAUUUCAUCAGUUCGGUCACUGACCGUAUGUGCCCUGGCUAACCGUCUUAGUUGCCUUCGUACUCUCCGUAGAUUAGUUUGGGUGCUUUUGACGUUCCUUUACAUGCGUUGAGUUCUGUUGUGACCAUGUGUGUCGAUUUUUCGUCAGCUUUGCCAGUCCGUGGCGGUAUCGGUUUUUUGCAUUCUUCUGAAGUUACUCCAUCCGGCGUGGACCCUUGAUGCACGUGUAAGCGAUGGUUGCGCCGAUAAAAAUCGAUACUUUGCCGACUCUUCGGUCCUUCUCGCCGCCUGUUCGAUUUAGUCGGACACGUGUCACGCCGUUGUCAGUGCGCCGCAUCCAAGUUUAUUGUGCACCCCUGGCGCCGUCGAGGCUGACCAAAAUCGCCUUUAACUGAGUUAGCCAAAACGGGUCAGCCUAAGGUUCGCCUUUAUUGUUAUCGGGUCAGAAAUUGCUCUUCAACCGCGCUGAACCUCGACAACUCCUAACGGAAGCGUUGGCAACGGCCCCACUGUCUUAUUAAAACACAAAUAAGUCUGGACUCCCCGUACAGUGGUUACGUGGGGUUGUUUAGUAGAGGGAUGGAUUUCUGUAGCCUCUUAAUUCGAAUGGGGGUUUCUCAGUCUGCCCCACUGACAGGCCGGUUUAAGGCCGCAGAAGUGUUCCAGAUAGCGGACAACGUACUCGCUGUCGUAAUGGGACUAUGGCCUGCGACCUUUCUAUGGGUGACCGAUAUUACCAAAUCGAUGCCCGGACAUGCCUGAAGGUAGCACCGCUGCAUGCUACGCGACUUCUUACUCAUCAGGCCUGAGAGCCUGACUGCAUUGCGGGUAGCCUUCUCUAAGCGCUUCAGCCCCACAAUCUAUCACUUGUUAAGGCUCUGCGUAGUCUUCACCAAGUCAAACAUGGCUAUUCCUGUCCCCAUUAUCUUAUGGGAACAUUUUAUGUUCAGUAUCAUGCAAGAAAAGACUAACAUUACCAACGUAAACCAGACGAUUCAGGCCCUUUUGGUCGUGUUAGAUCAACAACAAGUUUCGUAUCGCACUUCGUCUCACAGCGGCAACUCCCGUUGGCGCUCAUCGAUUCUAUCCCGUUUCCCAUUGUUAUUGCAUUUUCCUUAAUUUCGUACAGGUUGGUUGGCCAUGAUACUACUUAAUAACAGCCACAUCGUUAAAGCCCCAAAAGUGUGUCACGUCCUAGUGAGCAUACGCUGAUGACCAAAAGAUGCCUCUUCCCCGCAGACGUACGGUUGAGAACAUUGUUAAUUUACGCUUACCUAUCGCCCAUUCUACAGCAUCCAUAGAUUAAUUGGGUAAACAUUAUUGCCGUUACUUUUUCAGUUGGACUAAGGAAACGAGAGCGCCCCUACUUAACAUGAACCCAGAAAAUGAAGAUGAUAAAUCACUGUGUUUUGCUCUAAGGACUGUAGAACUAGUCAUUCAUCCGAGACUUGCCAACUCGAUGGUCCAUAACAUGGGAUAUUUAUAGUAUGAACUCUCUGUGACACGCUCCGAGUAGUCUUACUAAUUCGUUUCGUAACAGCUGCUUCUCCACUGCCGAUGAGACGUUUGUGAGGCUGGAAAAAGCAGAAAGUGGUUCAAAUUCUACAACCAUGCGACCUAGACCUGCUUAGUAGGAUUGUACUCCGGGGGUAAACUUGUCAAAAACGCGAUUGUAUGUUAACAUCUGGUGUCAAUGCUUCUACAGUGUCCCUGAGCAGGUCGGUUAUUGCCCUGGCGGGUGAACUUUACGUCUCCACAUACGAUUAACCCGUCGCUGUGCGCUUUUUGUCUAGCACCUAGCCCCACAGCCAGUUUUUCUGUACUUCACCCCACGCAAUGGCGCACAAUAUAUCUGAAGCUAUUUCACGCAAUCGUGUCCACCCGCACUCCUCAGUCCUUGUGCGUAUGCCCGAUAACGCCUAGCCGCUUUUCACGAUCGAUCAGCCCUGGAUUGGCAACUUCGUGUCUGCCAACACCCUAACUGACACUCAUUGCAGAAUAAGGGUAUUUCAGAAUAUGAGGACUAUGCGGGCAUUGUAUUUUGUCUCCGUGGGGAUGUUUCGUUACUUCAGUUUUGCACUUAGAGGAUAGGGAUCCUUCCUGGCCGGUAUUGUUUGAUCCAAAAAAGUGGGUGUGUCGACUUCGGUGUUGCUGAUCGACUAGUUCUAGCGACAAAAGCAUUUGGGGAACGGGAAUGGAUAUUGUGGAUUUUUUGCCGUUGUUAGCCAGCCUUACCCAGCCGGAGGCCGGGAAGACCUGUGGUUCGAAUCUGGAGCCAGUUGGUCCGCGCGCUUCACGUUCUAACACCCGGAUUACGAACUCAUGCUUUGUAUGUGCAAUUAAAAAUAUUGCGAGCCACGUCUGAGUGGGGUUCACAAGUUUGGCCCGCUUGUAGGGUGGAACAGGGACUUCCUACUAUGUCUUCGAGCUUCUGUCAGAACUGCCACCGUGACCGUUUCACGGGGUCAGCAUCUAUAGUUACUAAGAACUACGAAUGAAGGCGAAAUUUCGAGUUCCAGGUGUAUACAUAUUUGAAGAAGAAGAAGAAUCGAGCACCGGAACAAUUCGUUUAUUAUCCUGAGCUUUCAGACUCGUACAGGAGUCCAUCGUCAGAGGUAGUGGCAGAAACAGGACAAGCGGCAGUUAUAAGGCACGUAGACCCAAUCAUCGACCGACGUCGAACGACUGGAGGUGACUACGAAGGGCUCUGUACGCCGGCGCCAGAUCGAUAAAUCGAUUGACCGAGUUCUCAUCCGAGGCCCAGGCUUCAAUCAAUUCUCGGCCUGUUUUGUUUCCGGCGUGGGCGACUAUUUUGGUGGCUGCGAAGUCAAACUCGUGACCCAUUUCGUAGGUGUGGGCAGCCACUUGUGACAAUGCGUCGCCUCGCCGCACAGCCAGCUUAUGUUCAUGUAUGCGCGAUCCGAGCAUGCGUCCAGUCUGCCCUGUGUAAUUACAAGGACAAUUUUGACACGGAAUGCGAUACACUACUCCAGAUUGCUCUUCAGGUUUUAACCGGUCUUUGAUCUUCAUGACCCUGUUGCGCAUGGUGGCUUUGGGGCGGUGUGCGAUUCCAACCCCUAGCUCCGCAGCAAUGCGCUCGGUCGCUUCUGAAACACCCUUGAUGUAUGGCAGAGCAUGCCAUAUCGUCGGUGGCGUUGAUGUUUGAGUUCUCUGGUGGCGACCGCGUAGGCAGCGACUUAUGAAUGCCCUCGGAUAGCCAUUUUGCACAAACUGGUCGCGGAGAUAACGGGCCUCACGCGCUCUGUCUUCCAGUUUGCUGCAAUGAGUUUGGAUCCGUUUGAAGAGCGUCUUCACACAGCUUCGUUUGUGAGCCACCGGAUGGUUGCUGUGAAAACUGAGAAGCUGUGUGGUGUUCGUUGCCUUCCUAUAAACCGUCGUUUCAAGUUCACCGUUAAGGUUUCGUCUGACGAGCACAUCCAGGAAGGGCAACUGCUGCUCCUGUUCUUCUUCUCUCGUGAAUUUUAUAUCCGGGAAGACUGCGUUGAGCAGGCUGUGAAAAUGUUGCAGCAUGUCCUUCUUUACGAUGGACGAUGGACUCCUGUACGAGUCUGAAAGCUCAGGAUAAUAAACGAAUUGUUCCGGUGCUCGAUUCUUCUUCUUCUUACUAAGAACUGUUGUGAGCCCAAGUAUGUCGUUGGAUCACCCAGUAAUUAUGAUUUCUUUGGUCUGACAGCACAUCCCCUACUUGCACGACACAUUUAUCCCCUCUACUCCCAGACUGUAUGUUACGAAAGUCGCAUGUCGUCAGGUCAAAAACUUCCCAUUGCGCGUAAACUUGUUUGGACUCUGAAGUUUGCUUCUCACCGCUAGCGGUCGGGUGACACAUCUCAGAUAAAUUCACCCUUUAAGUCGACCGAAUGCAAAUGUUACUUGCCUAUGCCGAUCUACUGAUGCACUUCGGGAAUCUUUCCCAAAUUUGCACUAGAAGCAACCUCCCUCUUGUUUGCAUUAUCAGCGAUAUCUCAAUGUGCAGUACGCUAUUAGGGCAACAGUAAAGGGAAUCGAAUGCAUACUGGCUUUGACCAGUAGACUGUUCAUCCUUCCCAACGUCUGCUGAUAGAUUGGAAGGAUCAUUUUUGACCAAUUUGUGACUUUCAAUCGGGGCUAGGCGGGAAGGCCUCGAAAGUGGGCUUCGUACCCACUUGAGCCCUGUCGGAAAUAUUUGAAGUCACUAAGGCGUGGUAUUCACCGAUCUGGCCUUUCAUUCGGAGUUUCAUUUCAAAACAGGAAGCUCGUGCUCGGUCAUGUAAUCACGCCGAAUUUGUGAACGUCUUCACGUGACUGUUUAUCCUCCUAGCCACGACCUCUAACAUGUUAUGAUAAGUUCAUUUGCGCGUGAAUGGGAUUAAGGUGAGGAAGGGCGGGGUGUUGUCAUCCUCCUUCCCUCACCUCCUCCUCUUCCUUCCACACCCCUCCCCCGGGUUCGACUCGGUUGGAGUGGCGAGACUGUGAAAGUAGACUGAACAUUUUAUUUGGGUCGGUGGCCGACGGAGAAUCUUCCCCUACCUCAGCUACAACGCUUUUGGUGGCUCUUUGAUCAAAGUGAAAGGAACUGCGUAAAGUUGGCUAUUUAUGCCUCUAACAUUGUAGUAGUCCCCGCGCAUUUCUGAUGCCCGAGUGGUCUUCGUUUUGGUGUCUGAGAUCGGCGCCAGCAGCUUUGGAGGAAAGGUUAGAGUCAACGCGGUGGCCUCUAUAAGAAAACUGGGUAAGAUUUGGUUUGGUUAAAGGUUAAGGUUAAGGAUUAGCGCAACUAUUUCUCAACCAUUCAAAGUACAACCGCGCAUCCCCAGUGGCUUUUCUUUUGCAUACAACUACUUGACCUCGCCGCCUGUGCGUUCCCCGGCUCCACCUAUAAAAACCCCUAUUACCACCGGUCCCGUAUUAGAGGUGACUGGGGUUUGUUUACUUCAGGUGGGGCUACAUAACCGCAUCCGACCGAAAACUGUCCACAAGGGUCAGAACCUGUAUCAGGAAGGAAUGCUUGGGUGCUAGACCGGGGAUUCAAGGUGGAACGGAAACCGUCUCUCCUGUUACACAAUUAGGAUACAUCGAUGAACACCACCCAUUUGGCUUUGGCUAUCCUCUGUCGCGUCGAACAGAGUGGAAGCCCGUGGCGCGAUGGCAAAUAGGCCAGCAGUGGUCUUUUUGAUUUCCUUUGUCGACAAUAAUUUUUGGCUAGUCGAGCAUGCACCUCUUGAAACAUCUGACUUUUUUAUUCUUCCUGCAGUGUCUUUUGGGACUUGUAUUGCGCGGCGCCCGAACGUCGCGAGGUCUGGAAGCAUUCCAACGAAGCCCGUGCUUUCUAUGAUUAUGUAAGCAGCCUCUUAUUUAAAACUGCACGUUUCCUGAGUUGUUCGUCUUUUUGUGGUGCCGCCUACAGCGCUUUCUGUGAAGCUCAACUUCACUUAUGUCCCCUGAUAUGA